AUGGGUAACUUCAGAUUCCCCAUAAAGACUAAAUUGCCCCCUGGGUUCAUCAAUGCUCGUAUACUUAGGGACAACUUCAAAAGACAACAAUUCAAAGAGAAUGAAAUCCUUGUUAAAUCAUUAAAAUUUAUCGCUAGAAAUUUGAAUCUUCCAGCAAAAUUGAGACUAGAAGCCCAGUUGAAGCUUAACACGCUGCCCAACUACAUGAGAUCCACGCAAAUCAAGAAUAGGUGUGUAGACUCUGGUCACGCAAGGUUUGUUCUAAGUGAUUUCAGAUUGUGUAGAUAUCAGUUUAGAGAGAAUGCCCUGAAGGGUAAUUUGCCAGGUGUUAAGAAGGGUAUUUGGUAG